CUUUAUUUCCUUAAUUAUUUUUGCAACAAUUGUUCAUGCAAUGAAUCAGUUCCAUGUACAGAUUUACCGUGUAACAACUAUCCUUUAUAAUGUUAUGAAUAUACAGCAUUUGUCUAAAUUAUUUGUGUUAUAGUGAAAUUUGUGGCAAGAUGUAUAAUUAUCUUCUUUUGUUAUGUGUUAUAUUUGUGUACGUGAAGUGUAUAGAUAAUCUGAUAAUCGGUCCGGAGAGACAUAUUAUAGACAAUGAAAACCCAAAUCUACAUAUUUUACCCAUUAACAGCGGAGCCAGAAAUAUUCCAAAAGCCGCCAAUCCGAAGAUAAAUGGUUUAAAUGUUAAUUUAAUUCAAGGAAAUAUUAAAUGUUGUUGCCCUCAACAAAUACAGUCACAAAACAAAGCAGAGAUAUGUUCGGUAUUUGAUUUUUUUUUAUUUUAUCUAAAAAUGAAAAUUUCUAAAAAUGAAGGAAGAAUGGCUAUGGAAUGGAGAGUGUCGUCCAGUUUGGCUUGUUAUGUUUAUAAAUAUCUGGAUUAA